CCUUCGGCUCCCGAAAGCUAAAGCGUGGCAGGGGCCGGGCCGGGGAAGCGGAGGAGGCGGGUCUCCAUAGAAACGUCCACCUGUUUCCGGCCAGGCUGUGAGAGAUUAGGGGCUGCUGCGGGGGCCAAUCUCAGCUAACUCGCUUUUUCCCGGCGGCCUCUGCGGGAGCGGUGGGUGUUGUACACAAUCAUCAUGGCGGCGGCCGGGGCCCCGGAUGGCAUGGAGGAACCUGGCAUGGACACGGAGGCCGAGACGGUGGCGACCGAGGGCCCCGCGCGGCCCCUGAACUGCGUGGAGGCCGAAGCCGCGGCGGGGGCGGCGGCCGAGGACUCCUGCGCGGCGCGAGGUAGCCUGCAGCCGGCCCCGGCCCAGCCCCCUGGGGACCCUGCGGCCCAGGCCUCGGUCAGUAACGGCGAGGACGCGGGCGGCGGCGCGGGCAGGGAGUUGGUGGACCUGAAGAUCAUCUGGAAUAAGACUAAGCACGACGUGAAGUUCCCCCUGGAUAGCACAGGCUCCGAGCUAAAACAGAAGAUUCACUCGAUUACAGGUCUCCCUCCUGCCAUGCAGAAAGUCAUGUAUAAGGGACUUGUCCCUGAGGAUAAGACGUUGAGAGAAAUAAAAGUGACCAGUGGAGCCAAGAUCAUGGUGGUUGGUUCCACGAUAAAUGAUGUUUUAGCCGUAAACACACCCAAAGAUGCUGCCCAGCAGGAUGCAAAGGCCGAAGAGAACAAGAAGGAGCCACUCUGCAGGCAGAAACAACACAGGAAAGUGUUGGAUAAAGGAAAACCCGAAGAUGUGAUGCCAUCUGUUAAGGGUGCCCAGGAGCGCCUGCCAUCAGUACCCUUAUCUGGCAUGUACAACAAAUCUGGAGGCAAAGUGAGACUCACCUUCAAGCUGGAACAAGAUCAGCUGUGGAUCGGCACUAAAGAUUCCCGGAGGGAACCGAACAUGCCUAAUUCACCUGGUUCUGGCCAGCACUGUAGGUAUUCAGUGUUCGAGAGCGGACUGAGAAAUUGCCCAUGGGCUCCAUUAAAAAUGUGGUCAGUGAACCUAUCGAAGGACACGAAGACUACCACAUGAUGGCGUUUCAGUUGGGCCCCACGGAAGCCUCUUACUACUGGGUGUACUGGGUCCCAACUCAAUAUGUGGAUGCAAUCAAAGACACUGUGCUGGGGAAGUGGCAGUAUUUUUGAAAGCACUUUCACCUCUGGCCCAGGAGACUGACCCAAAGUGAAGGACAUUGCUGGGAGAGGCCUGCAGCAUCCCUGGAUUUCAGAGUUCUGGGACUUUGUUCAAAAGCAAACAAACAAAAAACCUAUAUCCACUCUAAGGUGAUGUGGUGACUGAAGCCAGAGGUGAUGUACUUUCACCAUUAGCUUAAUUUUAACUUAAAAUCACCGGUUCCCUUUUCUGGCAGUCAGCUUCAUACCAUUUUUAAAGUCCAUACGGUGGAAAUCAAUAAAUCUGAGUUCCGAGCACGUUGUGUGGAAUACUCUUCAGUGCGUUUGAGAGUAGAUCUACCAAUUUUGUUUAGAAAGGAAUGAUCAAAAGCUUGCUGGUUUCCUUUUUAAUUUUUUUUAAAGCGAUUUCAACAAAUAUUUUCAUAAAUCUUCGGUUGCAAACAUUUGGACUGCGUUGUGAUGAAUUGGGUAUUGGUUUUUCUCAUAUAAAAUUGUAUGCAAAAUGGGGGGGGUUAGUAAGCCAUAUUUUUCUGUCCAUGGAUUCAGAUUUAAUUCUUUUUCCCUUUUUUAUGUUCUCACUUCCUAGAUUUGAAUUUUUGUUUUAAAAACCCAAAGAUGUCAGUUCCUGUUUUCGUACCUCAUCAAUGCUUCCUCUCCUGGCCUCCCUCCCGCCAUUGCUGCUGCUGAAGAAUGCGUGGCGGGAGAGGAUGAGCUGUUUGGUCUAGGGCAGGGAGCUCUCGCGCUUGCUGUGCUGUGUGUCGAGCAGCGGAGUAUCUCACAUUGACUCCCGUCUAAACGUCUUGCCCCUUGGGCCCCAGUCUCUGGGGAGUUCCACACUGCUGGUGUCCUGGUUGUCCGGCAGCCUCACUGAUUUGGCUUCGAGGCCCAGCCUGGCCUGGGUGUGCCUGGGCUACACUGCCCAAAAGCCACAGCUCCCAGGCUGACAGAGGCCUCUUCAAGGAGGAGCUGGAAGACCGUUUCUACAGCCAUAUAGCCACAGGCCCAGAUCCUUCUUUCUUUCGAAGUUCUGAGAAAUUCUUAAGCAGUCCAAUGAUUAUUUCAAUUAUGCUUCUCCAUUUGGUCUUUCUGCUCAUGCAUUAUGUUCAAGUGUCCUUCAUCCCAGGUUCAGAGAUGCUGCCUUUCUCAAUAAAAAGACAUGUUGACCUAGUGGGUUGGCCGAUGUACUUAAACAUCGAAAAAUGGGAUAAAUUGCUUUUGUGAUUAGCUCACCCUCUUCUGGUUUUAGCCCUUAUGUUCUUGGUACACGUGAGCUUCUGUUGUCUCCUUAUGGCUCGAUCGACUCGGACAUGAGGGCGAGUCUCUUGGUGAAUGAUACCCUUUGUGCUCUUUGCUGUUGCUCUGCUGGCUGUCUUUGCAAUUCUCCUCUCCCUGGCUGCAGGCUCUCAUAGUAAGGUUUGGCGAGAGAUUUUCCAAACUUCACAUUCUGGAUGAUUCUAGGCUGU